UUGAGAAGAAAGGAAAGAAGGAAUCCCAUCCAGAACUGGAUCAGUUUCUCUGCCAUGUGGCGAAAACCGGAGAGACCAUCGUCCAGUGGCCCCAGUUUAAGGAUUACUUCAUGUUUAAGCUAGAGAAGGUUAUGGAUGAUUUCCGGACAUCUGCUCCAGAGCCCAGAGGACCUCCCAAUCCAAAUGUGGAAUAUAUCCCCUUUGAUGAAAUGAAGGACCGAAUACUCAAGAUUGUCACUGCCUUUAAUGGGACACCAUUCACUAUUCAGCGACUCUGCGAGCUCGUCACUGACCCCCGGAGGAAUUACACUGGCACGGAAAAGUUUCUUAGAGGAGUGGAAAAGAACAUUAUGGUUGUUAGCUGUGUGUACCCUUCUUCCGAGAAAAACAAUUCACCAAGCCUGAACCGGAUGAACGGAGUAAUGUUUCCAGGCAACUCCCAAAAUUACACUGACAGAUCAAACAUAAAUGGUCCAGGCACCCCAAGACCACUGAGCAAACCUAAGCUGUCCUUAUCGAGCCCCACUACAUCCAACGGUUUACCUGAUGGUGCUGAGAAUAAAGACUCUGAUGUGCCUCAGAAAGACCAGGCUCACAGUGACUCCCUGUCCCCUGAAGAAGAUUCCCCUUCAAGCACUGUGAAGAAUAAACACUUGGAGGAAGACCCCACAGAGGAUCACGAGGUGAAGAGGCUGAAGUUUGACAUAGACGACGAAGAAGAGGAGCAGGAGGAGGAGGACGAGGAGCAGGCUGCCCAAGCAGACACAUCAUCCAGCCAGACUUCCAGUGAAAUGGCUGAAGAAACGGAAUCUGUAUCUACAACUGAGGAGGCAGGAAGCGAGAGCAGCGAUUUGGAGCAUACUGCAGAAGAAUCUUUAAUGGCACCGGCCGAGCCCACAGCGGAGACCUCUGACAAGCAAACCAGCGAAUCUGAAACUGUGAGCAACUCCACCUCCGAGGAGCCUCUUCAGAUGGAGGAAUCGGGACAUUGUGAGGCAGAGAGGAGUUUGCACAGCGACGAGGGGGAGGAGGCAGCGGCGGCAGAAAGCGCGCCCGCCCCAAGUAAAGCCGACGCUGAGCGCAGUGACACUGAGCAGCCGGGAACUUUUGAUAAGUCCCCUGAAAUCCCCCCAGAAACCCCCAUGGAAAACAGCGAGGAAGCCACAGAUGUAGCAGACGAACCUAUGGAACAAGACUAACUACAACGACACUUAAUAGACACCAGUAUUUUCCCAAACAGUUCUGUUUUUACACUGUAAACAAAUUUUACCUAAAUAAAGUGGACCUUUUAGUUUUACAAAAAAACAAAAAAAAACAGCAGGUUGUGAAAACUCCAAACUUUUCUGGAAUUGAAAAUGACCUUUAUUCACCUUUCUCCCCCCUUCUCUCUUCCUCCCCCCUCAAUAUGUCAGAACUGUGAGAACCAUUCAGGUUCUGUUCACCACUGAUUUGGUGGUUUUGGGUCAAAUCAGUGGUUUCUGUAUAGAUGAUGUUUUUUUUAAUUAAUUUAGAAGGUUUUUAAACUGGAAGGUUAUAAUUUUGACAGCCCUUUUUUUUCAAGAUUUCCACAUUUUUGGUUAAAAAUUAAAAAGGAAAAAAAAAU